GUAGUUUCUUUAGACAUGGUAAUAGCAUAGUAUGGAAAUUAAAGAUAUAAAGUAGAAAGGGUACUUAGGGUAAAUAGAAAUUAUAUAAAACAAGUCAUGGACAAGUGUGAAUUUAUCACUUUAAGACAGUGAAGGAGAUUAUAGGAUCCAGAGACCAAGAUUAUGUCUCCUCCUAAUCCUUAGAUAAGAGCAAAAGCUGAAGGUUGAAGAUGAACGAGUCGAGGUCGAUAAGAACAUGGAGCAUAUACAGAAGCAAAGAGGCUUCAGGGUCAUCUAUGAAUGCGAUUUCGUUUGGGUUUGUGGCGACUGCAAUAUUGAUAUUAAUGUUCAUCAUAUUGGCAAUCCUCGAACAUCUCUUCAAGUCCGAUCAUUCUUCUUCUUACGAUGUUGAUGGCUCUUCUCAGUUUCAGAAACUUGCUGAAAAAACCUCUUUGGUUCCGAUUACUACGUCAGAUGUGUCGGUGGUGAUGCCGGGAGAAAAAUUGCCGUCGUACGUAGCUCUUCGGGCGCCAUUUCCUUGCCGGAGAGAAGGCAUUCGCUGGCCUUCCCACCUCUAAUAUAUUAUUGUCUCUCUUAGCUUAGUCGUUGUAUCAUAAUUGUUCUGAUCAACUCAACCUUGACACCUUGAACAAUUGCUUGCUGGAUCAAAGUUAGUUAAAGAUUUCUGAUGAUUCUUUCUUUUUUUGUAAGAACCGAGGUAGCUAACUGCCAUUAUAACCCUCACGAAUGUAUCGAUUGUCCAAUUAAAAUAUUUUGCUAAGUUCACCUAUAUAAGGCGACUAGCAAACUUUUGCUAAGUCGGAAUGGAGGCGUACCAUCAAUAGUUGCGUACAAGAGACACGCCUCUUAUGUUUAAGAAGUUUAAGAACUUCAAGAAAAUAUGGCUAAGAAAAUUUUCC